AUGCGCUAUACCUUUUUGUGGGCCAUUGGUGAUUUGAUGCACUGCACCUUUGCGUGGGCCAUCAGUGAGGUGAUGCGCUAUACCCUUGCGUGGGUCAUCAGUGGUGUGAUGCGCUACACCUUUGCGUGGGCCAUCCCUACACCUUCAU